UGUUUGUAUGGCCGGCCCCCCUGCUGUCACUGAGCUGCACACUGCGGAAGGGAGGGCGGGGGUGUCUGUACUUUCCCCAGUACAUCUGCCUGUGCUGCUCGUUUUGUCACUGAACUUUUGCUGUGACUGGAGCUGUAUAGGGAUUGGAUAGUAGUGACAGUGAAGUUUGGACUCACUCUCCUCCCCCGCAGCCUGUCCUGUGAUAAAAGGAGAGUUGUGUAGCGGAGAGACCAGACACUCUAGCAGCCUCCCUCCUUCCCUUCACAAAUCUGACUGACAGCAGGUAACCAAUUUUUGAAUUUGCCUUCUUCUUCUGACUCUUUCCAGCUUUCAAAUAGGAGUCACUGACCCCAUCUCAAAAAACAAAUGCUCUGCAUACACCAGAUUAUGUGAGUGUCUGGAGGCACCUGAACAGUUCCAUAGCCAGGUUUUAGCAUCGACUUCCCACCAUGUCAUUGAAGCCACGGGUAGUGGAUUUUGAUGAAACAUGGAACAAACUUUUAACUACAAUCAAAGCUGUUGUCAUGCUGGAUUAUGUUGAAAGAGCAACAUGGAAUGACCGUUUCUCAGAUAUUUACGCACUGUGUGUUGCCUAUCCAGAGCCUCUUGGAGAAAGAUUGUAUACAGAAACAAAGAUAUUUCUGGAAAACCAUGUACAGCAGUUGCAUACGAGAGUUCUGGAUUCAGCAGAGCAAGUACUGGUAAUGUACUUCAGAUACUGGGAGGAAUAUAGCAGAGGAGCUGAUUACAUGGAUUGUUUAUAUAGGUAUCUUAACACACAGUACAUUAAAAAGAACAAGCUGACAGAAGCAGACCUGCAGUAUGGCUAUGGUGGAGUAGAUAUGAAUGAACCUCUGAUGGAGAUAGGAGAAUUAGCACUGGAUUUGUGGAGGAAAUUAAUGAUAGAGCCUCUCCAAGACACGCUCCUCAUAAUGCUUCUCCGAGAAAUUAAAAGGGAUCGAUGUGGGGAAGACCCAAAUCAGAAAGUAAUCCAUGGGGUUAUUAACUCCUUUGUUCAUGUUGAACAGUAUAAGAAAAAAUUUCCCUUAAAGUUUUAUCAAGAAAUAUUUGAGUCGCCUUUUCUGGCUGAAACAGGGGAGUAUUAUAAACAAGAAGCUUCAAAUUUAUUACAAGAGUCAAACUGCUCACAAUAUAUGGAAAAGAUUUUAGGUAGAUUAAAAGAUGAAGAAAUCAGAUGUCGGAAGUAUUUACACCCCAGCUCAUAUAAUAAAGUGAUUCACGAAUGCCAGCAGAGAAUGGUGGCAGAUCACUUGCAGUUUCUACAUGCGGAAUGUCACAAUAUCAUCAGACAAGAAAGGAGAAACGAUAUGGCCAACAUGUAUACUCUUCUUCGUGCUGUAUCCAGUGGUUUACCUCAUAUGAUUCAGGAACUCCAAAACCAUAUCCACGAUGAAGGCCUUAGAGCUAUUAGUAAUCUUUCUCAGGAAAACAUGCCAACUCAAUUUGUGGAGUCAGUUUUAGAAGUUCACAGUAAAUUUGUUCAGCUUGUCAACUGUGUAUUGAAUGGUGAUCAGCAUUUUAUGAGUGCACUAGACAAGGCUCUUACUUGUGUGGUGAACUACAGGGAACCAAAAUCAGUCUGCAAAGCGCCGGAAUUGCUGGCCAAGUACUGUGACAACAUGCUGAAGAAAUCAGCCAAGGGAAUGACCGAGAAUGAAGUGGAAGACAAGCUGACUAGUUUUAUUACCGUUUUCAAGUACAUCGACGAUAAAGAUGUUUUCCAGAAGUUUUAUGCGCGGAUGCUGGCAAAGAGAUUAAUCCAUGGUUUAUCCAUGUCGAUGGACUCAGAGGAAACCAUGAUUAAUAAAUUGAAGCAAGCCUGCGGUUAUGAGUUUACCAGCAAGCUGCAUCGUAUGUAUACAGAUAUGAGUGUCAGUGCCGAUCUCAACAACAAGUUUAACAACUUCAUCAAAAGCCAAGACACUGUCAUCGAUCUGGGAAUCAGCUUUCAAAUAUAUGUAUUACAGGCUGGAGCGUGGCCUCUCACUCAGGCGCCAUCUUCCACGUUUGCCAUCCCUCAGGAACUGGAAAAGAGUGUACAAAUGUUUGAAUUAUUUUAUAACCAACAUUUCAGUGGCAGGAAGCUGACGUGGUUGCACUAUCUCUGCACAGGUGAAGUGAAAAUGAACUACUUGUGCAAACCCUAUGUUGCCAUGGUGACUACCUACCAAAUGGCAGUUCUACUUGCCUUCAACAACAGUGAAAUCAUCACUUACAAAGAGCUGCAAGACAGCACCCAAAUGAACGAGAAGGAGCUCACAAAGACCAUAAAGUCACUGCUGGAUGUAAAAAUGAUAAACCACGAUUCAGACAAGGAGGAUAUCGAAGGAGAGUCAACCUUCUCAUUAAAUAUGAAUUUCAGCAGUAAAAGAACAAAAUUUAAAAUCACUACACCGAUGCAGAAGGACACGCCACAGGGGGCACAGCCCACGGGUGCUGAGGAAGCUAUGCUUUGGAGAGGGGAGAGGCGCUUCUCUCUGGAGGUGGAACAGACCAGAAGUGCUGUUGAUGAGGACAGGAAGAUGUAUCUACAAGCUGCUAUAGUGCGUAUCAUGAAAGCACGCAAAGUUUUACGGCACAAUGCUCUGAUACAGGAGGUCAUUAGCCAGUCCAGAGCGAGGUUUAACCCCAGCAUCAGCAUGAUAAAGAAGUGCAUUGAAGUGCUCAUAGACAAGCAGUACAUCGAGAGGAGCCAGGCGUCGGCAGACGAAUACAGUUACGUGGCGUGAAGAGGCCGCUCUAAGGGGUGCGUGUGCAAGAGCAAGUCAUCAGCGUUGCUGUUUGGUGUGUUCCUGUGGGAAUAAGCAGAUCUUUGCCUCCAUAUUCUGUCAUCCGGCAGUUCCUUACUUUACUGCUGUUUACAGCAUCACCAGUGCCACGUCAUGAGCGCCACUGAAAAUGCCUAUAAAUGUUUUCCGCUCAUGCCAUUCUGACAACGCUACUAAAAGAAAGAGUGAAGUAUUUCAGGAAUGUGGAAAUUUUUGAUUGGGUAAUGUCCGUCCCUCCCCCCCCCCAUCAUGUUUGCAGUUGACGUGUUUCUUUUUUUAACGUAUCUUAAAGGACCUAAUAUAGGGAGGCACUGAAUCCAUCGUUUUUUGCCAAAUCCGUCGAAAACUGGGCCAAAUCCGAACCCUAUUUUGUACAUUCAAAUCUGAGCAAAAACAUUGCACCUUCCACAUAAUGAAUUCUGUAUGGUUAUUUGAAUUAUUUGAAAUGAUUGUCCUUCCUAUAUUAGCUCUUUCCAUCUUGCAGCUGAAAAAGUGAUGUGGUCAUUGGGGUCACUGACCCCCAGCAACCAAGAAUGACUAUGAGACCCUUUUUAUUGCUCUUUGUUUUAUUGCUUAUUUUGCUUUUAGGCUCUCGACUAUUCAUCUUGCAUUUUGAUUCCAAGACUUGGAAUUAUUCCCUAAUAACCAGAUUAAAGAGCGCUCAAAAAAAAAAAAUGUAAAUCAUUCAGAAACCACAAAUCGGUUGCAAAUUCACUUAGGAUUCUGGUGUCUACACCAUUAAAAGGUCAUUUUUAAAGCGCGCAACCCCUUUCUGGGUUCGGAUUUGGGUUCAGCCAGGCUCCCUGGAUUAGACUGAGUCUGAAUUGUGCAAAAAGAGAUUGGAUUCAGCCAAAUCCCAAACCAAAUGAUGGGUUCAGUGCCCCCCCCUAACCUAAAGUAAAAACUAAAUAUUGUAAUAUUACAGAUAACCUAUUAAUUGUAUGUACUUCCAAAUGUACAAAAUGACAAACAUGAUAUUGCUGCUUGUCAAAUAAAAAGAAUAAAAGAA